AUGGGGCAACUACCUGGCAGUCCUGGCCCGCUACAGACGUGCAGUUGGCAGCCCUCGCGUCAGCGCAGCCAGGUACCAAUUGUAAGGAAAUUCCAAACCGUCGCCACGUUGUCCGAGUCGCAGGAAGAAAGUCACGGAGAGUCCGUGUUCGCUGGGCUUCCGCAGACUGCCGUUGAACACGCGAACCUUGCAUAUAACUGUAAAGCCAACGACGACAGCCAGCAUAGCAACGAAUCUGACAACGAAAACGGCGACGGCGACGAAAUCGACCAGAAUCAUCGGGCACUGUCUCCGCCGCCCCAGUACCCCUACGCCAGCUCUGAGGCAUCGGCUUCUACCUCCCUCUCACGACCAGCGCCGCCUCCGCCUCCCUUUUCAAGUCUCUACGCUUACGCUUCGGCUGAGGACCUCGCCGACGACCACUUCAAGCUCCCCACCGCCGUCUCCACCGCCUUCUCGGAAACCGGAGCAUCUUCCGUUACAGCAGCUCCAGCCUACGCACCGGUUGCCUCAAGUUCUUCUGAUCAUCCUUUUGAGCCAUCCACCUCAUUCCAAGAUACAGUCGCUGAGACCAAGCGAGCGCUUCCACAAGACGUCAAAGGCGAAUCUUCGGGUCAAAAGGCUGACGAUUCGAGCGAGCCUCCUCCUGCCUACUCCGAAGGUUAUAGCCCACUCCUCUCUUUCACAUAUCUAAUGGCGGCCGCCGGAGGGGCAUCGAGUAUCAUUACUCAGGUCCAACAAGGAGGACCUCCGAUCAAUUCCAUUGGAGAUGUCGGCGCCGAUGAAACAAUCACGAUGGACCUGAGGGGUACACGCUUCGUUCUUUCGAGAGACGAACUGUUAACACUGCCUGAAUUUGUCCUCUUAUCUCUAUUCCCCAAUGGCCUCUUCCCAGAGGGCCAUAUGGGCGGCUUUUCCGACGGUGAUGCCGUCCAGGUCGAUGUCAGUACCCACAGAGACAGCCCUCUUUCUCAAGCCACUCAAGAUGCUCCAAACAUUAGCUGCGCGAUCGCGCCUAGCCUAAUUAAUACCCCUCUCACCCACUCCUCCACUAUCCGCAACCUGAUAUCCAAUAUAAAUAUUCAUUUCACUGACCUCACCUCUCAGUAUGAUCCUGCCUCCCUGCAAUACAUGCUCGAGUUUUUCCGCACUGUGGCCCAAUCCAUACCCAAUGAAUCCUCACCCACUGCCUCGCCUGAUGGAGGCGUUGUUCCCAUUGACUCCCUUGCUGGGCGUGGUGAAGAUGGUAGUAAGCGAGCGGGAAUCAUUGUGUUGAGAGAAGACCUCGACUUCUAUGCUAUUCCUCCAAGGCCAGACAUUAACCAGGCAGAUAUGAUUGAGGUCAAACGCGCCGCGUCUAGGGCUUUAUUGCAACAAGACGGCAUUUUCUCGGGAUUGAAGCGGAGCGACGAGCCAGGAACCACCGAGGCUCAUUUGAUCGAAAUGUUGACCGCUGGCGGCUUCAACCACGACGAUCGAUGGGGCCAUCGUGCUGGUGAACCCAAUAAGGCGGUAGUUUGCAGCCUGGCGCUCGCUCGCCUCCGCAGCGAUAUUCGUGGCAAUGAGAUGGGCAACAAUGCCGUAGGAAUGGCGCAGAAGCUGCUUCUCUUCUGGCGGAAACCUGCUCGUCGUUGCUGGUGGGAAGGAGUCGAGCUGCAGAAUGUCGAGGGGGUAGAAGGGCCUCUUAAAGUGUGGAUUCGGAGGGUGUGGACACUGGAGAUGAGCGUCAUUGGAUUACGUUAA